UGGGCAACAGCGAAGGCCCGCAACGACCCUCUAGACCCAUUGUUCUCGCCGCCGCCUUCUUCCUCUCCUCCGAUCCAGCAUCUUCUUCGCCGGAGCAUCCCGUUCUCUCGGUGAGCGGUGGUUGUUUGUUCUCAAGUAGAGGCUCCCCGUCGGCAGCGAUUCCUCAACCCCCCCCCCCACCCCCAGUUGCAAGAAAACUUGGCGGGCAGCACGCAGCCCGCCCCACUUGCAUCCUUACCCGCCUCCGCCGCUGCUGCCGGCCAUGACCUCCGCGCUCUCCAAGCUCUACUCCGAUGACGUCAGCCUCGUUGUGGUGGUCGUCGACACCAACCCCUUCUUCUGGGCCGCCGCCGCACUUUCCUUCGCCGACUUCUUCGCGCACCUGGUCCACUUUGUGAACUCGCUCCUGCUGCUAAACCACCUCAACCGUGUGGUAGUUAUUGCCGCAGGCAUCAGCUCCUGUGCCUACAUCUUCGAUUCGAGCGAUGCCAGUGCCUUCGGUGGUGGGGGCGUCGAAGCCACCUUUGACAAGGCGAGCCGCAAGGUGGAGGAGUUCAUUGCGCAAGAUGCCCGUGCCUCUGCAGACAACGGUUCGGUUGCUUCUGGCAAUGCCGCGUCGCUGCUCUCAGGGGCGCUGUCCCUUGCUUUGUGUAAUAUACAGAGGAUUUUCCGGUCUGGGACUCGACAUCCUCAACCUCGGAUUUUGUGCCUGCAGGGUUCUCCAGAUGGACCUGAACAAUACGUGGCAUUGAUGAAUUCAAUAUUUUCUGCUCAACGUUCCAUGGUCCCAAUUGAUUCAUGCAUUGUGGGAACCCAGGAUUCUGCUUUCUUGCAGCAGGCUUCAUACAUAACAGGAGGAGUUUAUUUGAAGCCCCAAGAGCUAAAUGGUCUGUUUCAAUAUCUUGCUGCUGUAUUUGCAACUGAUUUACACUCGAGAACAUUUUUGCGCCUUCCUAAGACCCUUGGAGUGGACUUCCGUGCUUCAUGUUUCUGCCAUAAGAAGACUAUUGACAUGGGAUAUGUCUGUUCAAUUUGUUUGUCAAUAUUCUGCAAGAAUCAAAAGAAGUGUUCGACCUGUGGGUCAGAAUUCAGUCGUGUCAUGCCUGAUUUGAAUUCCAUGCCAGAUCAAAGCAAGUAGUAGUCUGUAACCGUCAACCAGCAUGCUUUGCUCUAUGUUUCUCCACAGGAAGGGGCGUGCACCAUGUUUUCCCAUGUAUACCAGAAGGGUCGGCGAAUUUGGUGUAAAGCGAACAAUUUUACGAAGGAAAUGACACGAACUUGUGUGUGAUGCAUUGUUGCCAAAAAGGGAGACGGAAAAAGGCUAGUAAUGAAAAUAUCAUAGCAUGGUUGCCCUUUGUUGCAA